UUGCGCAUGCGUGUACUAGCAUGGUGACACUGGCUGUACCAGCUGGGGAAGUUGUGAAAUUACAGAGUAAAGUUUUAAAGGCAGAAAUGGGCUGUUAACUGUGGAUUUUUUAUAACUUUGAAACUGUAAAGAGAGAAUAUAUCACACAGACACAGAAGGAGAACCAUGACAGCAAACGAGGAUCAAGAGAUGGAGCUGGAGGCUCUUCGCUCCAUCUAUGAGGGGGAUGAGUGUUUCAAGGAAAUCAGUCCAGUGUCCUUUCAGUUCAGGGUAGGAGACCUUGAAGACACUAAAGCGUUCAUCUUGGACGUCACAUGGCCAGAGACGUACCCUGAAACGGCCCCACAAAUCUCCCUCGAUGCUUUUUUCAACAACAGGAUCUCUGCAGAGACAAAGCAGCUGAUCUUGUCGAAGCUGGAGGAGCAAGUGGAGGCUAACCUGGGGACUGCAAUGAUGUACACCCUGUUUGAGUGGGCCAAGGAAAACCAGGAAGCCCUCAUGGAGAACCAUAAGCCUGUAGUGACUGCUGUGACGUUGACAUCCAGCAGUGAGGUAACAACAACCAGCUCAACAGCCAGGAAGAAGGAGAAGAAGGAACAGCUGACCAAAGCUCAGAAGAGAAGGAUCAUCAGCAGAACAGAUAACAAGGGAGAGCUGCCAAGAGGUUGGAAUUGGGUUGAUGUUAUCAAACAUGUAAGUGAAAACCACCUUCAUUAAAAUGUAUUCAAACAAUCCUUACCACAAAGCACGGUUGCAUAGUUUUUGUGUGUUUUUCUUGCAGUUGAGUAAAACAGGAGGAAAAAAUGAUGACUAAGCCCAGAGGGCAGUGAUCUGGUGCUGCUUCAUACGAGAACCUGCAGUGAAGUCUGAAAUCACUGCAGCCUGUUGAUGCUGCUGUCUAGAAGCCUUCACAUCCAACCUCACCAACAUGUUACACUCACAGUGGCUGCUUCCACCCUGACAACCAAAGCAGGCAGGGUAACAGUGGACUUCAGGACACACAUACACACAUUCAACUACACUGAGACUUUGCACUGGGAUUUAUCAGAAGCCCUUGCUGUGUUUUAAGUGUUUGUUGAAAGCUGCCACAUGAAGAGGAGCGCAUCAUCUGGUUUUGUUCAUUCACUUAGUGAUCAGAUAUUCUGCUCGGUCAUCCAUCAGGGUGGAGUGCGCUUGAAUACUUGCUGUCACUGCCAUGUUGUUUUCAGUCAGUGAGAUUAGGCCCAGCUAUCAGGUACUGAGCCAUAAAUGUUGGAUUGCCUAUGUUGUUCUUAAUGGAUGUGUCAAAGUGUCAAGUAGCAUCUUGCUGUUAUUCUGAGGUAUCGUGACUUUGUGAAAGCAGAAAAAUUUUUAAUAACAAACAAAAUGUUACUUACUUUCACCACUUUCUUAUUUUGAUAAAUGUUUCCUUUUCCCUAUGAAUUCAAAACUUGUUUUUUUUAUAUAUAAAUAAACCAGAUUUGGUCUGUU